AUGAAGAGUGAUAAAAAUGGUAAAUUUUAUGUUCUUAACCCUUCUCUUUCUCGUCUUCGUUCCGAUCAUAAUGCUAUUAUGAUGUUUAUAAAAUUUAAUCAAAAUUUAUACGGGCGUUAUGGAAAAUGGAAAAAUCAUGUAAAAUUUAUGAAGUUUGUCGGUCGAGUUGAAAACGUAAAUAAACUUUUAGGUGCUGUAGACAAGGGUUAA